AUGACAUAUUUACGAAGCAUAUUACGAUACAAAAAUGUUUUGAAGAAUUAUGAGAAUGCUUGGAUUGGAGACAACUAUAACAAUACUAAUUUCAAAUUUAAACAAUUAUAUUUUAAAAUAGAUAAAAAAAUUAUACAUAAUAAAAAAAAAAUUGAUGAUACUAAUAAUGAAAUUGAUAAAAAUAUAAAAAAUAAAAAGGAAAAUACAGCCUUUUAUGCAUAUUUAAAAAAAAUAUUUUUUGUAACAUUCUUAUUUUAUGGUACAUAUGAAAGUAUAAAUUUAGUUAAAAAUAUAAAAAACUAUAUAGAAGAAGAUCAACAAUUAAAUAGUAUUAUACAUGUAAAAAUAAACUCAGCAAAAAUAAAAUUUGAAAGAUUUACAUGCCAAUUAAAUGAUAAUAUGUUUAAAUAUAUAAAACAAAAUGCAAAUUUAAAUAUUAUUUUAAACGAUAUUAGUGAAUUCAUUUUUUAUUUAUUAUAUUAUAUUUAUUUGUUUAUUCAGGUUAUAAAAAAUUUCACAAAUUUUUGGAAUUCGACACUGAGGAUAAAUAAAUUACUAGGAAUAAACGAAGCUAAAAUUGAUACAAUAAAAAAAGAGAAAAGUGAAAAAGAAUAUAUCAAGAAUGAACAAGAUGGAAAUGUAAAUUGUGAUGAGAAAAAUGAAGAUUUAUAUAAAGACAAUAUAUAUAGUGAUAUAGAAGAUAUAAUCCAUGCUUUUAACAAAUUAAAAAAUUUUGAAAUUCAUGAAAACUAUAAUAACCUUAAAAUAGACAAAUCUGAUAAAAUUAACCUAAGAGAUGUUGAAUGUUUAAAAGACACAAAUAAUUUUUAUUUUAACACCAAAAUAAAAGAAGAUGAAAAAGAAUAUUAUAUUAUAAAUUUGCAUGAACAAAAUAAAAAUGUAGACAAUUAUGGAGAAAACACAAAAGAAACCAAAACAGCAUCGCCUAUAAUGGAGACAAAUUUAUCAAUGCAAACAGUCAGUCCAAAGAAAAGCAUCAUAAAACUUAAAGAAAAUGCUCAAUUAAAUGAAAUUGAAAACAUGAAAAAAGAAGAAUAUAUGGAAGAAAAAAAUGAGAUUGUAAAUGGACGAUCAAACGUUAAGGAUAGCAAAGACGAUUUUCAUGUAAUUAUUAAAAGUGAUGAACAAAUUGUAGCUAAGGAAGAUGCACAAUUAGCUAAAAAUAUGAACAAUGAAAAUAAGAGACAUAAAAAAGACGAAAAAAAAAUAUAUAUAGAUAAAAUCGAAAAAACAAAUAUCAUGCCAAAAAACAUAUUAGAUAAAUCUAUAGUAAUUUCCGAGAAAAAAACAAAAAUUGUUGAACUUGAAAAAGAAAAUAAAACUUAUAAUGUUGGCAAAAUAGAUGGUACAAUUAAUAAUAAAAAAGGAGAUAUAAUAAAUAAUGAUCAAUAUAUAAAAAAUAUAUUAGAAAAAGAAUUAACCAAUUUUAAAACACAUAUAAAUAGUUUAAGCAAAAAGGAUUUACAAAAUAAAAUAGUUGACAUGUAUGUAAAUGAACUAGUUACAGAAAGAUAUAAAGAUAUAUUAUUGGAAGAAGAAAAAGAGGUAUUAAAAAAAAUAUUAACAAUUAAAUAUAAUGAUAUUUUUUUAAAAAAAAAAAAAAAAGUCGAAAAAGCCUUAAAAAAAUCAAUGUUAAAAAUAUUAAAAGAAGAAGAAAAAUUAUUAAAAGAAAAUUAUGAAAAAAAAAAAGAAAGUUUUGAAAAUAAUAUAAUUGAUCAAACUAAAAAUGAAAUAGAUAUAGAGAAAAAUAAAAUGAAAAAUGAAUUAAAAGAAAUUGAAGAAAAUUACUUAAAAAAAAUAAAUACCUAUGCAUAUGAUAUAAAUAUAAUAAAGGAAAAUAUAGAAAAAGAUAAAAUUAGACAAAUGAAAUUACAAUAUAUAAAUGAUAUACAACAUAAAUUGGUUUAUUUACAAAAUUGUAUAAUUCAUGAUUUGUCCAUCGAGGUAAUUUUAAAGGAUUUAAAAGAGCAUUUAAAAAAAGACACAUUUUUAGAAAAAACUCUUAAAGCAUUACCAGAUAAUUUCUUUACAUGCACAUAUAAACUAAAUAAUAAUAAUCGGGAACAAAUUAAAAAUAAAUUUUAUUAUUUAUAUAAAUUGAGUGUAAAGGAAGCCUUUUAUGAACAUUCAAAUAAUUAUUUAUAUAAAGUAUUAAGCAAUUUAUUUUCUUAUUUUUAUAUUAACUAUGAGACAACCUCUAAUAUAAUAUUGGCCCGAGCUCUAAAAAAUAAUUUGGUUUUAAAAGAAAAUUUACUAAAUUUAUCAUAUGCAUUGAAUAGUAUAAAAAAAAAUAAAUUCAUAGACUCUUUGCAAUAUAUAGAAGGAUUGACUGGUGGGUGUAAACAAACAUUUGAAUCAUUUAAUGAAGAUAUAAAAAAUGUUACUUUGUUUAAAUUUUAUCUCAGAAUGGCUGUAUCGAGACUAUCAUUAUUGAGCAAACUUAUGAGAACAUAUUCUGAGGAAAACUAA